AUGGUUCGAAUUUUGAUCUUCGGUGCUAGUGGUUUCGUUGGGUAUCCCAUUGUUCAGGCCUUGCGUCGACAUGGUCACACUGUUUACGCUGUCACAAGAACUGAGGAAAAGACGAUUGAGCUAUCUAAGCAAGAAAUAAUCCCUAUUCUCGGGGACGCUCGCCAACCAGAGACAUGGGUUCCAGCACUCGAUCUCGUCGACAUUGUGAUUGAUUCCUCCUCUUCUUUUGGCGGACUCAGUGAAGGGAUCUUAAAAGCCAUCAAGGAAUCUCAAAGAGUUACUUCCGCCAAAAAACAUGAUCCAAAGAUUGGAUAUCUUUAUGUAUCCGGUACUUGGGUUCACGGUGAUUCUCUUGAGCUAGUCACAGAUAGGGUGCCGGCAGGCAAUCAUACCAACCGAAAACCUUUAGAGCUUGUUAGUUGGCGCCCCGCAUUCGAAGAUAGUGUGCUACAGAGUAAAGAUGUGCUCGAUGUUGCCAUCUUAAGGGCUGGAGUGGUUUUCGGUGGAUGUAGCAGUCGUAGUUUAUUCGGGUCGUGGUGGGCUCCAUUCGUCGAAGCUUUAAAGGCGAAUAAGUUCAACGAACCUGUUAUAAUCAAAGGAAAGCCAGAAGCUUCGGUUGCUCUAGUUCAUAAGCAUGAUUUUGCUCAGGCCAUUCUCAAUGCAGUCGAAAAGUUCGAAGUUGUGUCUCAAAUCCACUAUCCAGUUUUCGACGUUGUCAGCGGUCACGAAUCUCUUGGGGACAUUAACAAAGCUGCUGCGAACGUACUGGGGAUUACUGGUGAAAUCAAGUACCAGGCGCCGGCUGCUGAUGACCAUUUCGGAAACGCCAUUUCCUCUUCUCUCCUCAUUGAUUCGACUAGGAGUCAAUCAUAUCUCGACUGGCAACCAAAACAUACUUCCCUGAUCAAAGAUCCUGAGGUUUAUGUCAAAGCUUACUUAUAUUCAACAGAUUAUUACACUAGUGUAACUAAAUCCAAUUAG